UGCGUGACGUCAUCACCGUGCGCCCCCCCCGAGAUCUGGGUCACCGUGGAGGGUCAAUCAUCCUCUACAGAGACGGGUCCCUGCGUGGCUCCGCGUGGUCCGGACUCAGUUCCCCACCUACUGAGUAAAGUUCUGCACGGCGGGUCCACGAGGUCCCUCCAAAGCUAAGGUGGCGGCCGCAGGUUGGAGUCUCUUGGGCGCCGGCACCAACCGGCCCAUCACUGAGGAGUGAAAGGGAGGGCGACUUGUGCUGUCGUGUGGGGCGAAUGGGAGGGGGCUUCUCCAUAGAUGACGCCGGGCCUCGUCGUGGUAGCUAGAGAGGAGAAGGUCCCGGACUUGGGACAUUGACCAGCAGGGUCGCCUCUUUCGAGGCGGCGGGCUCCUCGGUUCUUUCCCAAGCAGGUCCUACAUCUGGGCUAGUGACUGUUUCCUCGUGCCACCACAGCUCUAAGGAAAACAAUGCCUUUGGUUAGCCUGCUUGGCCUGCUGAGGCACUGUGCUGUGAGGGCAGCCUUCCCUGCACCCUGCCACCUCCACACAUCCUCUCGGACAGCUGACAGCCACAGAGCUUCACUUACUCGACUGCACCGCCAGGCCUAUGCUCGCCUCUACCCUGUGCUGUUGGUCAAGCAGGAUGGUUCCACUAUCCACAUCCGAUACCGGGAGCCACGACGCAUGCUGGUGAUGCCCCUAGACUUAGAUGCCCUAUCUCCAGAAGAGCGCCGGGCCCGGUUCCGGAAACGUGAGGCUCAGCUUCUGCAGAAGAGGGAAGAAGAACCAGAGAUGAUUGACAGUUUUGACACCGAACGAUACAAACAGUUUUGGACCAAGACCAAGAAGUAACUAUGUCAGCCGGGCGUUGGUGGCGCAUGCCUUUAAUCCCAGCACUUGGGAGGCAGAGGCAGAGGCAGGCGGAUCUCUGUGAGUUCGAGGCCAGCUUGGUCUACAAAGUGAGUUCCAGGACAGCCUCCAAAGCCACAGAGAAACCCUGUCUCGAAAAAACCAAAAAAAAAAAAAAAAGAAGUAACUAUGUCAGGGAGUCGCACCAGAGACAUUUUGUAAGAAUAGAGAGGCAUCUGUCUGUAAAUUAUACUUAUCUGAAACCAUA